UCAGUGUCAACUCAGGUACCAACACAUAAAAAGUCUGCUGUGUUGGCAGGAGUCAUGAAACUGAAACAUGAGUUUUGGAUUUUGUUGUUUGCGGCCAAGCAGCACACAGUCUUCAAAAAUGGCUUCUGGGUUUCGUGUGAGGGUGCUCCUGCUCUCACUCGUAGCCUUUGGGCCACAUGCAGAGGCAUUGAGCUACAGAAGUGGAGGGUCCAGUGGCGUCAAACCUUACUUUGAGCACCCUGAGGGAUCCUCCGGCCCUGCACAGCCUGGAGGUUCUCCAAGUCGCUCUGGACCCAGUGGGAGUGGUUCCUCUGAUAAACUGAAGCCUGCUGCUGGAGGGUACAGUGGUUCUCAUGGUAGGCAAGUAGAUGGUUACAGUCGAGAGAGAAGUGUUUCUAGUUACAGGCCUGAGCCACUGAUUCCUUCAAAACCCAGAGAGAACCCGACGCAACCACGUUACCUUAGUGUAAAUGUCCUUCAGACCAAAGAUCACAUGUUCAAUUCUACUUUACAAGAUAAUAUAAACAAAUAUCAAUCAGGUAUUGCUUCAAGUAAUGGAAUUAAGAGGGAUUCUGCUCAGCUGAGCUACCAGCCCCAGCAGCCCAGGUACCAGCCCCAGUGGCCCAGCUAUCCGCACCGGCUCCCUCAGCCCCAGCAGCCGCGCUACCCGGCCAAGCCUCAGCUCCCACAGCCCCAGCAGCCGCGCUACCCGGCCAAGCCUCAGCUCCCACAGCCCCAGCAGCCGGGCUACCAGGCCAAGCCCCAGCAGCCGGGCUACCAGGCCAAGCCCCAGCAGCCGGGCUACCAGGCCAAGCCCCAGCAGCCGGGCUACCAGGCCAAGCCCCAGCAGCCGGGCUACCAGGCCAAGCCCCAGCAGCCGGGCUACCAGGCCAAGCCCCAGCAGCCGGGCUACCAGGCCAAGCCCCAGCAGCCGGGCUACCAGGCCAAGCCCCAGCAGCCGGGCUACCAGGCCAAGCCCCAGCAGCCGGGCUACCAGGCCAAGCCCCAGCAGCCGGGCUACCAGGCCAAGCCCCAGCAGCCGGGCUACCAGGCCAAGCCCCAGCAGCCGGGCUACCAGGCCAAGCCCCAGCUCCCUCAGCCCCAGCAGCCGAGCAGCAGCGUGCUCCAAAGCAAAGAUGCUAUGUGGAACUUUGCUCUUUCUCAUGAGCAGCAGCCCCAUGAUUUUGAAAUUGAUGUUGAGCCAAGAAGUUUAAGACCAACUGCCGUGGUGGCAGGUUACCAGCCCCAGCGGCCCGGCUACCAGGCCAAGCCCCAGCUCCCCCAGCGGCCCGGCUACCAGGCCAAGCCCCAGCUCCCCCAGCGGCCCGGCUACCAGGCCAAGCCCCAGCUCCCCCAGCGGCCCGGCUACCAGGCCAAGCCCCAGCUCCCCCAGCGGCCCGGCUACCAGGCCAAGCCCCAGCUCCCCCAGCGGCCCGGCUACCAGGCCAAGCCCCAGCUCCCCCAGCGGCCCGGCUACCAGGCCAAGCCCCAGCUCCCCCAGCGGCCCGGCUACCAGGCCAAGCCCCAGCUCCCCCAGCGGCCCGGCUACCAGGCCAAGCCCCAGCUCCCCCAGCGGCCCGGCUACCAGGCCAAGCCCCAGCUCCCUCAGCCCCAGCAGCCCGGCUACCAGGCCAAGCCCCAGCUCCCUCAGCCCCAGCAGCCGGGCUACCAGGCCAAGCCCCAGCCACAGUCAGGUAUCGCUUCAAGUUAUGGAAUUGAGAUGGUUUCUGCUCCCCAGUCGCCGCGCUACCAGCCCCAGCAGCCGAGCAGCAGCGUGCUCCAAAGCAAAGAUGCUAUGUGGAACUUUGCUCUUUCUCAUGAGCAGCAGCCCCAUGAUUUUGAAAUUGAUGUUGAGCCAAGAAGUUUAAGACCAACUGCCGUGGUGGCAGGUUACCAGCUCCAGCGGCCCGGCUACCCGGCCAAGCCCCAGCUCCCCCAGCCCGGCUACCCGGCCAAGCCCCAGCUCCCCCAGCCCGGCUACCCGGCCAAGCCCCAGCUCCCCCAGCCCGGCUACCCGGCCAAGCCCCAGCUCCCCCAGCCCGGCUACCCGGCCAAGCCCCAGCUCCCCCAGCCCGGCUACCCGGCCAAGCCCCAGCUCCCCCAGCCCGGCUACCCGGCCAAGCCCCAGCUCCCCCAGCCCGGCUACCCGGCCAAGCCCCAGCUCCCCCAGCCCGGCUACCCGGCCAAGCCCCAGCUCCCCCAGCCCGGCUACCCGGCCAAGCCCCAGCUCCCCCAGCCCGGCUACCCGGCCAAGCCCCAGCUCCCCCAGCCCGGCUACCCGGCCAAGCCCCAGCUCCCCCAGCCCGGCUACCCGGCCAAGCCCCAGCUCCCCCAGCCCGGCUACCCGGCCAAGCCCCAGCUCCCCCAGCCCGGCUACCCGGCCAAGCCCCAGCUCCCCCAGCCCGGCUACCCGGCCAAGCCCCAGCUCCCCCAGCCCGGCUACCCGGCCAAGCCCCAGCUCCCCCAGCCCGGCUACCCGGCCAAGCCCCAGCAGCCGCGCUACCAGUUCCCUCAGCCCGGCUACCCGGCCAAGCCCCAGCAGCCGAGCAGCAGCGUGCUCCAAAGCAAAGAUGCUAUGUGGGACUUUGCUCUUUCUCAGGAUGGUGUUUAUUUUGAUCAUAAUGAGCAGCAGCCCCAUAAUUCUAAAAUUGAUGUUGGGCAAAGAAGUUUUAGACCAACUGCCAUUGUGGCCCCGACGCAUCCUGCAUCGAAGCGGCAAUGGGUACUACAUUGAGCUUUGACUAUCUCAUGUGACCUCUUCCUGGAAACUCUGGCUUAGUAUUGUUGUGAACUGCAAUAAAAUACUUGGAACUAUA